UGUGGAUGUGGAGAUAAGGCGAUUGUUACUACUGGGAGGAGAUUAAGUGACUUUGGUGACUCAGGGUUUUGGAAGCAACAGUUGGUCCUGGGACACCAAGACCCCGAGUAGGACGGAGACCCUAAAGACUCCCCCAGGUUAUAAGUGUCCCUCGCUGGGCUCAGCAAGGGAUAUAAUCGUUUAUCGCAACGAUGACGUCUAAACUCGAAUCUGACAUAGACUUGGAAGCGGCCUUAGACAUCGGCGAAUACGACGACCCUGGAGAAAGUUUCAGACACGAUGAAGGAAAAAAAGAUCGUGAAAAGAAGAAGAGGUCUACACUGUACAAAAUUGGUCGACAGUCCUUAUUUUGGGGAAUCCGUGGAUCGUAUGAUCUGAAUAAGAGGAGACGAAUGGAAGAUAGAGGGGAGGGAGGACAAUAUCUUGAAAAUCCAUCUAAAUCUGAAGACGUCCCUUCACCCCUUUUCCCACCGGUGGCUCCUUCCUAUAUACCAUCUACCAGUGGAUUUCCCGAGCUUUACGUGGAACUUCACGAAUGUAUUAUGGAUUCCAACAAGGAACACCGUUGGGUGGAGGCUGCACGUUGGUUGAAGACGGAGGAGGAUUACCAACAAAACAUCAAGCAGUGGGGCAAUCCUCAUAUCUCGUAUCUGACAUUCCGCAGCCUCUUUGAGCUGAAAAAGGUCUUCAAGAAAGGUACGGUCAUGUUGGACCUCGAGGAGAAGACUCUGCCUGGGAUUACCAGCCAGGUGAUCGAUCAGAUGAUCUACGAAGAACAACUUAAACCUGAUCACCGGGAAGAGGUUCUACGGCUGCUCCUUUUACAACACAGCCGCCCGGAAGAGAUAGAGAAAUUGGAUCCUGAGAGUCAAAAGCCGCUGAUUUCUCAGAUUGAAAUGAAAACUAUUCCUGAAAAGGUGUCUGAGAAGGGUCAGCUGGCAACUCGGGUUCCAAAGGGGGCUGAAGCCUCUGUGGUCCUUGUUGGUGGUGCCAGCUUUCUGGAAAGUCCAGCCGUGGCGUUUGUGCGACUGAAGGAAGCGGUGCACAUCGAGUCCGUCAUAGAGGUUUCUCUGCCCAUCAGAUUCCUCUUUAUCGUCUUGGGUCCAGAAAAACCCAGUAUCAGCUACCAUGAUGUUGGCACAGCUGUGUCAAGCAUGAUGGCAGAAAGGGUCUUCCGUAGCGAAAUGUACCUGGCCGGCGGGAAGCAGGAUCUCCUCCGCUCCCUUAAUGAAUUCAUGGACUGCUGCAUAGUUAUCCCACCCAGCGAUGUCCCGGGGGAGCAUUCGCUCAAGGACCUGGUCCAAUACCAAAAACAAAUGCUCAAGAAGCGCUAUGAAGAGAGCAAGGCGGAUUUUGAUGGUGAUAAAAAAGAACCAAAGCCACCAGUGGAGCCUCCUGAGGAUCCUCUAAGUCGAUCCGGCAAGCCUUUUGGGGGUCUGAUACGUGACAUACGUAGACGAUACCCCCAAUAUCUGAGUGACAUCAGGGAUGCUCUAAGUCCUCAGUGCCUGGCUGCUGUCAUCUUCAUCUAUUUUGCAGCCCUGUCUCCAGCCAUCACUUUUGGAGGUUUAUUGGCACAAAAGACCAAUAACUGGAUGGGCGUAUCUGAGCUGAUGGUGUCCACAGCCGCGCAGGGUGUCAUCUUCUGUCUCCUCGGAGCUCAACCCCUGCUAAUUCUCGGCUUUUCCGGACCACUCUUAGUCUUUGAAGCAGCGUUCUAUAAUUUCUGUGAAAGCCAGGAAAUAGAAUACAUCGUGGGUCGCGUGUGGAUCGGCUUUUGGCUAAUCUUCAUCGUUAUAGUUGUGGUGGCUUUUGAAGGCAGCUUUCUGGUGCGUUUCAUAUCCAGAUUCACUCAGGAGAUCUUCGCCGUCCUGAUCUCCAUGAUCUUCAUCUAUGAGACGUUUGCCAAUGUCGCCAAGAUCUUCAUUCACCAUCCCUUACAAGGAAACUAUAACCUGACCAACACCGACCCAGCCACAUACCCGCAGCCUAAUACAGCCCUGCUGUCCCUUUUGCUGAUGUGCGGCGCGUUCUUCAUCGCCUUCUUUCUCCGUCAGUUCAAGAACAGUGGCUUCUUUCCUGGAAAGUUGCGCCGCAUCAUUGGUGAUUUUGGUGUUCCGAUCGCCAUUCUUAUUAUGGUCUUGGUGGAUUUUUCUAUCAAGGAUACGUACACAAAGAAACUCAGCCUUCCCAAAGGUCUCAGUGUUUCCUUGCCUCAGAACCGAAGUUGGUUCAUCCCACCGAUGGGGUUGAAUUCUGCCGUUAAACCAUUCCCCAUCUGGCUGAUGUUCGCUUCGGUUGUUCCGGCCCUUCUUGUGUUCAUCUUAAUCUUCAUGGAGUCUCAGAUCACAACGCUUAUUAUCAGCAAGCCGGAGCGAAAGGCCGUGAAAGGCUCUGGUUUCCAUCUCGAUCUCCUGUUGAUUGUGGGCAUGGGGGGUGUUUGCGCCCUCUUUGGCAUGCCAUGGCUCAGUGCCACCACCGUACGUACAGUCAGCCAUGCCAACGCACUGACCGUGAUGAGCAAGGGGGGGAAGCCUGAGAUCGAGCAUGUGAUCGAGCAGAGGAUCAGCGGGCUGCUAGUUGCAGUCCUUGUUGGCGUUUCUAUUCUGAUGGAACCUGUCCUGACUCUCAUUCCACUGGCGGUUCUGUUUGGAAUUUUCCUGUACAUGGGCGUCACAUCUCUGAACGGAAUCCAGCUGUACGAUCGAGUCCUCCUCGCCAUGAAACCUUCCAAAUACCAUCCAAAGGAAGGCUACGUAGCACGGGUGAAGACCUGGCGUAUGAACCUGUUCACGCUAGUGCAGGUUGUUUGCCUGAUGACCUUGUGUGCGGUGAUAUUCACUCCCGCCUCGUUGGCUCUUCCAUUCAUACUCAUCCUCACCGUGCCUCUGCGAAUGUUCCUACUGCCACGCAUCUUUAGUGCUCUGGAACUUAAAUCCUUGGACGCAGAUAACACGCCUGUCAACUUGGACGACGAAAGCGGCAGAGAUGUGUACGAUGAGGUCCAAAUGCCUGUUUAACCCUUGCUCUGCUUGACUAAACCCCUUAACGGCAAUGCAUCGUGAACCCGUACAUGUACGGGCUUUGUUGUGAAGGGGUUUAACGUUAUCGAUAUGACAUCAUAUCAAGGCAACCAUCUUUAAGGCAUCCGCCAUCAUAUGGAGGGCCUUCCUUUGACAACCUCUGAAUCCUCCAUCUGUUGAUGCCAUAAGCGUCGCUAUAAAAUAUAGGUGAUCGCAAACUUCCUGACCUCAAACUUAUUUCAUUUUUUUUUUUAGCGUGCUGUAUAAAAUCAUAAAACACCAUUAUAAAAAUAGGAUAACUUGGAUUUUUACAUUUAAAAAAAAAAUGAAUCUAAAUCAGUGCUUUUCAGAUUGUCAAGAUUCAUCAAAAAAACAUUUAUUUUUUUUUUAUUAUUUUUUUUAAUGCUUUGCGCUUCUCCUUAACCAUUUUGUAAAUAUUACGGAAAAAUAAUAUAUUUAGUUAGAAAUAUAAUAUAUUUUACAAGUAUAUAUGCAUAACUAUGUCAACCUAUUUAAUAGAUUAGAGUGAAAUUAGAUAUUUUUUAGUAGGGAUAUUAGAAAUCAAAGGUUUUUAACGUAGAUUUAAACGAAUUUGAACCCCAUAAUUAUGCAGACAUCCAAAGCCGUUUUUAAGGUUAUUUUGCGUGAAAUUAAUUGUUUGUAUUUUUUUUUUUAUUUUUUUUUUUAAAUAAGACUUGCACUGCCAAUGUAAUGCUUUGCUAAAAGUUGUAUUUUAAUAUGAGAUAAUGGAAUCUUUUAUACAAAGAAUAAAUCCCUUUUUAAAAUGUGUAUGUCGUUUAAAUAAAAAUGGAACGCAAA